UCGUACCUCUGCUACACCCUUGACAAUAACAUUUGUAAUUAUACCACAUUCACUCCCAUUUAUGUUACAACCCUGAAGGCAAAUAGAUGGUGAAACAUUGUUGGUUUGGCCAGUAGGUUAUACUGUAUGACUGGAAGCUUAAACAGUUUGAAUAUUUGUGUAGUCUGAAGAAGAAGGGAAAAAAGCAACUAUGGCUCUAACAUUGGAUGAUAAAAAGCCGAAGCCAGGGGAUAUGAUAGAGAUAUUCAGACCGGGCUACAUGCACUGGGCAUUAUACAUUGGUAAUGAUCUUGUCAUUCACCUGGCCCCACCCUCUGAGCUGCCUGGAGCUGGGUUCAACAGCAAAGGGUCUGUGUACAGCAGCAAGGCAAAGGUAAAGAUGGAGAAGAUCUGGGUUGUGGUGGGGGAUGAUCAAUGGCGUGUCAACAACCAGCUGGAUGACAAGUACCAGGUCCGACCCAUCCAUGAAAUACUGAGGGAUGCCCAGGGUUAUGUAAACACAGUGCUACCCUACUGCUUGUUCAGUCAGAACUGUGAGCACUUUGUCACUGAGGUGCGAUACGGGAAGGCUGAGUCCCGACAGGUUCGGCAGGCUGUGGCAAGCAGCGCCUUAGCGGGCUUGGGUCUUAUCCUUGCUGGCGCUGUGGCGGCUUUCAUCAGAGGUGGAAGCGAAACGAACAAAAAUGAUGAAUACUAAUAUCCUAUGAUCACCUGGGACAACUUAAAGGGCUAAUAAUACUGAUAAGCCUACUUUAAAUCAAUCAUGUACAAAAUCAAAUGUACUAAUGUAUAACCCAAGCAACUAACAGAAUUGCAUUAAUAGCUUACAGAAAACAAGGACAUGUGUAAUGUGCAAAAGUAGUAAAGUAUAGAACCUGUAUGCCUCCAUAUACAUACAGGCUGCUAGAAAAAGCUAGAUUGUUUAACAUUAUAUACAUCAAUACACUUUAAUGCUGCUUUCUAAUGACUAUCAAAAAUAAUACUUGAACAAAAUGUAUCCGUAUUAUCCAAUCAAUGUUUCAUUUUCUAAAUUUAAAGAUGUUACACUGAAAGCUUCAACGUGCUUGUGUCCAGUGUCCAUUUUAAAUAAUAAUAAUACAUUAUAUUAAUUUCACUAAAGGCAUUGAAGCUCCUGAAAUGUUUGUGUCACAUUCAGUAUUUCUUCACCUCUGCUUUAUGUGCACAUUUUUGUGGUAUCAUUCCCUUCAUUUUUCUCAUGAUUUCUCAAUCGUGAUUGAUAAUGUCCAUCUUAAAUAGUGAAAUAUCUAUGCAGCAGUCUACAUGUCUUUCCUGAGUGGCAUCUUGAGUCUUUUGGACACUGUGGAAUACUCUCAUUACUGUUAUUAUUAACAGUAAUGAGAGUAUUAGCAUUACAGUAUUUGCAGUAUUAACAUGAAUAUGCCAUUAACUGUUAUUAUAAACAGUAAAGGCAUAUUAUGGCUAUUAUUCAUACCAGAAGUAAUCACACACGCAUUUCAUAUUUUACUUGUGUAAUUGAUUAAUUCUAAGUAUUAAAAUAUGCUUAUGUAGGCAUGAACCAACCAGCUACAUAACUGUUCUGUUUCAGUUAAGCAUAUUCUGUGAGAGGAUGGUGUCACGGUUGUGGAGGUAGGACUCAGGCGCAGAGGUGAAAGAGCGGUAGAGAUCCAUGGUUUUAAUGAAAAUAAACAAAACAAUAGCAGCAAACGAUAGCCAGGAUGUGACAGAUGUAUCUUGAUUAUUUACCAGUCAGGCAAGUGGGGGGGUAAUGUCUGGCUGGGACAUCUGUGGAAGGCAGAGUUGGGAAAGUUCUGGGAAAACAUUGGCUAUCUGGCAUGGGGGGUUAACUUCUAGAAACAUGAUCUGUGCUAUGUAGAAACGGCCUUAAUGUAUAAGCUAGCUGGCAACUAACAUUACAGUGAGAAGAUAAUGGAACGUUCACCGAAUGACAUCUG